UACAAAUUGCCGUAUACACACAAUAUAUACUUCUUUUUCUGGCUUACCGUAGAAGCUCAGCGAGAUUGUCGUCCCAUCCAACCCGCUUCUGCCUCCUGCUGCAGGUAACGUGACUUAAAUUCAGGUUCGUUUUUCUGCCGCUUCCAUAUAAAGGCUGAACGGCCCCACCCCUUUUUCCAGUUUUGAGCGACAGUGACGAGUUUUCAAAGAGUUCAAUUGCUGUUGCCAGAUAGCGUGACAUAGCCAUAGCCGUAGCCCCUGCCAUUACCAUAGUGUCAGUAUUGUCCGACCACCAUCCUACCAUCGUCCGUAUCCGUCUAUCCCCUAGUCUGACUACCUCUCUAGCUAUAGUCUCAUCACCACCACAGCUGACAUCUACGACAAGCAACAACCAGCAAGAUCAAUACAAACAAAGAACAACGCCGCUACUGCACCACAACCAGUAACAGCACUACAACAAUUGAUAAUUACACCAAUAGUUGACUUUAAAAAACCUAUAUUGCUGCUAUCAAUUUUCCCCAGUUAAUUUCCAUACUAUGUCGCACUCCGUCUACCAGACCAACGGAAGACCGUUAUCCCAACAAGCGUUGUACCAGCAGAAGUUGAGACAGGGUAUCUACACGUCGCCCGGCGCCGCCACCAUCGGUGUUACCUCCAACGCCUCCGACACUGCUGCUCUCCUCGCCGCUUCUUCAGACCUCACUGUAAGACCCUCUUACGAAAGAACAAUUGCUCCCGAAGCCCACACCGCAGCCCUUGCUGCAAAAAGGGAAACCAUCACCGCUUGGUCCCGUGAAAACACCGACCCAAACGCCGAUGCCGCUGCCGCCAACGCCCUGGGAACAGGUAUCCCCUCUCUUAAGGGAGACUCGCUCUACAGGGCAGCCAAUCAGAACUCGACCUCGACUAUGACCUCAAGAAUCAACCCAGAAAGAGACAUCAAGAGAUCCGGUUUGGCCACGAAGUCGUCUUCUAACAGCUUCGAUAUUGGUAAAAUUAACCAGGUAGCCAAUAAGAACUCGACAAAGUCGUUGAACUCACGUUUCAAUCCGGACUUGGACUUCAGAUCAGGCCUUAACGCUACGAAGCAUACCGAGUACUUGAACGACGAGGAAGAGGCACUAGCUGCUAAUGGCGCUGCUGCUUCGCUCAGACACGGUGCUGGGUACACUGAUCUGGUUUCUGCCCAAAAGAGAUCCAAGUCGUUCACUGCUGCUGCUGUGGUUAACAGCACUUUGUUGUCUGCUGCCAACGAAAGAGCCAAUGAGAGAUUGCAGUCGAUCAGUUCGACUCCCCAAGACUUGAAGGCCCAGGCUCAACAGUAUGCCAGCGCUCUUGCUGUCGCCCAGAAGAACUCGGACGAACGAGUCAAGAACUACAAGGCCGGUGUCAUUGACUUGGGUGGUGGUUUAACGAUUUUGCAGAGCGAAUUGGACAAGAUGGCUUCCCUUGUUGUCCAACCUGUCUUGAAUGAUAUCUCGCUGAAGGCCUCCGCCAAGAGAGAAGCCGAUCUUCAGAAGAAGGUAGCCCAGAAAGAGUUAGAGACACAACACCAGUUGGCCAAGCAGGAAGAAUGGAAGGAGAAGAACAGAGAAAAGGCAGAAAGAGAGGCCGCUAAACAACAGAGAAUCGCCGAUAACGAAGACAAGAAGAAGGUGGAAGAGGACCAGCAUGCUGAGUACCAACAGGGCAGAAACGACGAAGUAGCUGGUAAAGUUACUGAAACAAAGGAGUUGGAAUUGAAACAUGCCCAAGAAAAGGAAGCCUUGUUGGCUCAAAAGCAAGAAAACCAGGACCGUAUCGACGAGGAAGAGGCUGCUUUGAUUGCUGGACGUAAGAAGGAGUUGGAUGACUUACAGGCUGAAAAGGAUGAGAUUUUGAAGCCUACUUUGGAUGAAUUAGAAGAAGAAACCGCCAAGUUGAAGGAAGUUACCGAUGCUAGAGACGAAUUGUUGAACGAAGUUACCUCUGCUGAGGCUUUGAACAAGGAGUACGAAGACAAGUUAGCUGAAUUAACCAAGAACUUGGAAGAAACCAAGGCUUCGAUUGAAAAGUACACCCUUGACUUAGAAGACUCCACCAAGAAACACGAAGAAACAUCCAAGGAAGUUGAUGCCUUACAACAUUUACACGAUGAAGAGAUCCAGAAGAAUGCAGAAGAAGAAAACCAAUUGGAUUCGCAAUUGGAGGAGUUGAACAAGACUAAAGAGCAACAUAUUGCUGAUAAGAAGUCAGGAAAACAGGCCAUCUUGCUGGAAAUCGACGAUAAGGUUAAGGACGAACACAAAAUUAAUAAGGAAUUACCUGAACACUUACGCUCUGAAGUUGACGAAGAGAAGAUUAGAGAUACUGGAUCCUUGUUCUCUGAAGUUCCAUUGGUGAAAGAAAUCGAGCCAGAAGCUAAAGCUCCUGAACCAGAGACCAAGAGUAGCACUAUUAAACCUAUUCCUGUAAAGGAAAUCAAGAAAGUAGAGGAAAAAGCCACAGAAGUCGACAAGGCUGAAAGCAAAGCAGAGAAGGCCGAGAGCAAGGCCGAAAACAAGGCCGAGGACGCUGAAAGCAACGCUGGCGACUAUGAAGACGAACUUUCAUUGGGCCAGAGUGGCACCAAGAACGCAGGAGGUGUAUUUAAGGAAGAGAUCUAAAAAAGAUAGUUGACUUGUAAAUUACCAUCAAAUCAGUUUGUUUUGUCCAUCACUCGAUAACCAUCAGUAAUGUUUUCAAUUCUCUCAUUGAGACACGAGCGUCUCUAUAAUGAUUCUUAAUUGUAAUCAAGUUGUUUCUGUAUUGACAUUGUUUAUCACUUUACUGUUUUCCCUUAGUUUAGCCAUAAAACUAUGAUUUUUGUACUAUUUAAUAUAAUUCAUGUGUCUGC